CUGAAAUGCUGCUUCCCCAUCCAGUUCUACGGACGCCUUGCAUAAGACAAUUGAUUGCUCAAGAUAGCUUGUAUCUUCUGUCAAUAAUAUUUGUUGGCAAUGAGGAUUGGUUCUGUUUUCGCCCUGGUUUUGUAUCUUCUACGAACUCAAAUAGGAGCUUCUGACCUUGUUUACCUCGUCGAACCUUUGCUAAAAUGGCAACGAACCCUUCCGGGCGGAGGUUCGAUCAACGGUGCCUACAUAGCGCCAAACAGGAACAACUUGUUUGUAAUAUCUAGUGUGUGUACGGUGCAAGCUUUGGAUCCAAGAACGGGUGAGAGUGUCUGGACAUACCAACCAGGCAAUCCAUCUACAUGUUCAGGCGGAGUGACUUUCAGCGAUGGCGUAGGUACACCUUACCUGACCUUCAUAGAAAGCACAAUAAAUUUGGGGCCGACACCAUUUUCAACCCAAGUAGUCAUUCUGGAUCUUAACUCAGGCGUUCUAUUGGCUAAAUCAGCAUUUCUGAGCGGGCAGGGGGCUGGAGAGCCACAAACUACAGAAGACGGACGGUACAUUGUGGCAACAUCGAACACGGCCAAUAUCGGGACUUUUGUCGUUAUCGACACAAACGCUGUUGAAAACGGCAUCGCUCCGAUAGUUUUUGAAGAAAGCAAUCCCAGCGGUCCUUUUUCGCCAGUCGGAUUCUACCAUAGGCCUACAACACCCAUUUUUUUUGGUGGGAACACAAACGAUGUUUUUGUUUGGGCCUUCGAUCUGACUCAAAUGCAGUUGGUAGGAACUGAGGCUAUUGAAAACGGUCAGAUUUUUUCUUUUCAAUUUCCAUCCAAUUACGCAAACAACGGUGGCGGCCUUUCGGUAAAGACACUUGGGCCAAAAACUUCGUGGAAAGCGUCUACACGCCCUCUUUUAUCGAACGGUGGCAAGAGCAUGCACUGGGCAAACAGCGACGGCCGUUAUCGCGUGUGGAUCAAUCGCACCGUUGAUGAUUCUCCAACCACAGUGCUGUCACUGCCAAGAGGAAUACCUACAUCUGUGUCUGCACACGCAGCUCCCGUACUUGGUCAAGAUGAAACAAACCCAUUCGUGUACCUCCUCGGCCCCAAUCCCAGUGUUUUUCGAUCAAACACAAACUUAACCACUUCAGUUGGUCUUGGCGUAGACUCCUUAUUCACAGGACAAAUUUUACUCUCUCCAAAAGAGGAAUAUAUGUACAUCGCAACUGAAGGUCGCCCGGAAACGUCGAGGGGCAUUUUGUAUCAAAUCAAGAACGAAGAAAAUAGUCUUACCGUCGACUGGUUGUUUCGUGCGGAGUCACCAAUGUCCGGCGAUCUUGCUCGUAGUACCGAUGGUACAACAAUCUUCUUCGGACAACGCGACGGGACUGUUUCGGCGCUUGAAGUCGCUGAAGCGGAGGAGGAGUUGCCGUCCUCAACUCCAGCAAGUGCUCCUGUUUUCGCCCCUGCAGUUUGUCGAGAAAUUGGUGCAAUUUGCGGUUCCACUACAACUGAGCGGCCGUGCUGUUUCCCAUGGCUAUGUGACGCGGGAGUGUGUCGUGUACCGUCAAGUCGCACUGAUCCGAAGACCGCAUUGAAAUCUGACCUCACGACGGCUGGUAGCAUCGGUAUCCUCCGACCUCGAGGUACCAUCAGGCGUGAUCCUCUUCGAAAUUAACUUUGCCGGAGCGCAUGAUCAAAGUGAAUCACCUGAAGUUUAUCUAAUCAUAGUCAGUAAUCAUUCUUAAUGCACGUUAUAGCCUUU